CCAUAUCUCUCAUUGGUGUCAUGUACAAGAUCUUAGCUAAGCUCCUUGCAAACCGACUGCGGAGGGUGAUUGAUAAGGUGAUCGGGGAGCAUCAAAUGGCUUUCCUUAGGGGCAGACAACUAGCAGAAGGGGCUGUGAUUGCAAAUGAGGUGAUUGAUGAGGCAAAGAGAAAGAAGAAGAAAUCCUUCAUUUUUAAAGUUGAUUUUGAAAAGGCGUACGAUAAGGGAGACCCAUUAUCACCAUUUUUAUUUCUCAUUGUAGUUGAGGGUUUGAAUGGGAUGGUGACUGCAGCAAUUGAAAAGCAACUGUAUAAGGGAGUUAAGGUGGGCAAAGAUGAUAUUACGGUCUCACAUCUUCAGUUUGCAAAUGACACAAUAUUUUUCGGGGAGGCAACUGAUGAAAACAUCUGGGCUAUCAAAUGCAUAGUGAGAUCCUUUGAGUUGGUUUCAGGGCUGAAAAUCAAUUAUGCUAAAAGUCAGCUCAUGGGUGUUAAUGUGGAGGAAGCAUGGGUAGAAAAAAUGGCAUAUAGAUUAUACUGCAAAAGAAAAGAUCUUCCUUUUAAAUAUCUGGGGAUACCCAUUGGGGGGAAUCAUAGAAGAAUUGCAAUGUGGCAAAAUCUGAUGGAAUCAGUGAAAAAGAAAUUAGCUCCAUGGAAAGGCCGAAAUUUAUCCUUUGGGGGGCGCAUCACGAUCUUUAAUUCCGUGUUGUCUAGCUUGCCCAUGUUCUUAAUGUCGGUCUACCUGCUUCCUAAAGGAGUGAGAGAGAUGAGGAAGUUCAACUUAGCCUUAAUGGGGAAAUGGUGGGGAAGGCUAGCAAGAAAAGAUCAGGGAUUGUGGGAUAAGGUUAUAGCUAGCAAGUAUGGAGGGAGUGGAGGCCAUUGGCUUGACUGGGUAAGGGAGGGGUGGGGAAUAGGAUCACUAUGGUGGAAGGAUGUGGGCUGCCUCAACAAUGUUGAUGAGGAGAAAGUAGGGUGGCUAACAGAGGGUUUUAAGUUAAAAUUAGGAGAUGGGAAAGGAGUAAGCUUUUGGAGAGAUAAUUGGGGUGGGGAGGGAGAUCUUGCUAACCUUUUUCCAAGAUUGUAUAAUUUGUCAACAGGAAAGGAGAAAAAAUGUUGUCAAAUGGGCAAUGAGGAAGAUGGAAUGUGGAGGUGGAAUCUAGAGUGGAGGAGAGCCUUAUUCGACUGGGAAAGAGAAGAAGCAGCAGAACUACAACGAAAGAUUGAUAGCAUGCGGAUAUACAAGGACAUCCCCGACACAUGGAAGUGGGAGCAUAGCAAGGAAGGCAACUACUCAACUAAAACAACUUACAAAUUGUUGACAAACGAACUUAAUGGACAGGAAGCAACUCAAAUACACAAGAGAGUGUGGAACCCAAUCAUCCCAAGCAAAAUUUCAGCUUUUAACUGGCAGCUACUGCAGGACAAAAUUCCAACAAAGAGCAACCUGCAAAGAAGAGGAAUAACCACUGAAUUGGAAGAUGGAAUCUGCACUUUAUGCGAGGAGGAGAUCGAGGACUCGAAUCAUCUUUUCCUGAGGUGCAAGGUGGCAAAGUGGCUAUGGAAGGCUUGUGGGAAAUGGUGGGGAAUCUCAGUUAAUUUGGAAAAUGAUUGCUGGAAAUCCUUUGAGCAAUUUGGGCUAUGGGCCAAAGAAACACGAGUAAAGGAAGGUUGGGAUUGUAUAUGGAACAUUGUGGUGUGGACCAUAUGGCUCGCAAGAAAUCAAAAGAUAUUCCGAGACUCCGACAUCAACAAAAGUAAGUUGCUUGACCACAUUCAACUAAAAUCAUUUUGGUGGAUUAAAUCAAGGAAAUCUAGAUGCUUGUUUAGUCUUUAUGAUUGGUUAUACAACCCAAUGACAUGCCUCAAAGUUAACUGUGGUAGGAAAUAGAGACUUGAAUCAUUCUUGGCUGAAAUGGUCAAUAUGAUAGGUGGGAUGGAUUGAAACCUGCAGGUUGAUUUAAUGGUAGCAUUGAGCAACUUAUUGACUCUUGUUGGUUAUUAGACAGAGUCAGUAGAUGCUCAAUAAGUACCUAAUUUUGUAAUAUGGGCAGGAGUACCCCUUGUACUCUAUUUAAUAAUCUAUAUUUGCUGUG